AUGGCCGAUCCGUUCGAAGUGCGCAUGCACUUCAGCCGGCAGCUGCAGCAUCUCAACGCCAGCUCGACCUCGGCACAGAAGGCCGCGCAGUAUGCGCUCAAGCACAAGGACCUCCACGAAGACUUGCACUCGUGCAUCCUCGAGCAGCUUGAAAAGAGCAACAUGAACACUCGCGCCAACAUCAUGUUCUUCAUUGAGCACUUCCUCGAGAUGGCAUCCAAAGCCCCAAGUGACCACUACGUCCACAUGAUGCAGCGUGAUAUCAUCCGCGUCGUCGACGCUGUAUGCCCCGAGGAUGGUUCGGGAGUGGCCAACGUCAAGGUUGUUCGCAAGGUCCUCCAAGGUCUCAAGAACAAGAGCAUCCUCCUAGAGCAAACCGUUGUGGAGCUUGAGGAGUGCCUUAAGGAGCGCGAUGCCUCGACUCGCGAUUUGGCCAUGUCGUCGCCUAUGAACGGCGUCGAGUCAAGCACAGCCAACAGCGGGGUGGGCAGCAAUAACAGCAACCGGCAUUCCAGUGCCAACGCUGCCGCUAGAUCACGGAACGGGGCACAGGGAGGCCAACCUGGUAGCCACCAUGGGCUGGACAAGAGGCAGGUCGAGCAGCGCAUAGAGGAGGACCGCGAGCGCCACAAGCGCAUGCGCGAGAGCAUGUGGCUUGUCCCGACCGACUUCAAGCAGGAAGCUUCCGAGUUCUACGACGAAACUAGCGACCUCGACGACGAUCAUCAUCUGCUGGGUGAGGAAGAAAUGGAGGAGUUUCGGCGCGAUGGUGAGAGAGUCCUUUGCAAACAUCUCAAGGCCAAGAAUGGCGCCAUCACUGCUUGA